AUGGAUCCAAAAUCACUACUCGCACUAUUGGACAGAGUAGAGGUGAUGAGUGAGGAUGUGGUGUUGGCAAGACAGCUAUUAGACGAACUAGAAGAAAAUGAGAAAGAGGCUACCGAAUUGGCCCGCGCAGCAGAAACAGUAGUAAGGGCUGCAGAGGCGCUGGUGUCAGCGGCGCCAGCUCUCGCAGCUGCGCUAUUAGCGGUCUCAGCCCUGGCCCCAGAAGCAGCUGCCAGUGUGCCAGCAGUUGCACCUCCCGCUGUUGAUCCCGCCACUACGGUGGGCCCCGUCGCCGCCGACAAUGCCGCAGCCGCCGUGCCAGCAGUUGCACCCCUCAUUGCUCCUCUCAUUCCCGCGGCUCCCGCGGCUCUUGCUACCGCUCCUGCAACAACACCACCCCAAAUGCCUGGAAAUCUGUUCUCGAUUGGUCUUAUCAACACGAACUUAGGCGUCCCACCAGCUCCAAAUCCCGGCCAAGGUGAUAAGCCCUGUAUCUGUCCGGCUGCAGGAUGCACGAAUGCCUACGCUAAUAUUCGCUCGUACCGGGUCCACUACAACAUCAAGCACUUCGUCAAGAUCUGGCAGUGUCGAUGGUGCCCAUGGAACCAGGUCCAGUACCGUCGCAGCGAUGUCAUGGCUCACUUUCUCAAAAAGAACGCUGAGGACGCCGCCGCUGGUCGUAUUCGAUCGCACCCACAAUGA